AUGCAUAUCCGCUCUCUCGCUUCCGUAGCCAUUUUGGCCUUCGCCGCCCAGGCUUUCGCUCAGCAGGAACCCAAGGUUUUCAAGCGCAGCAUCACCACCCUUUCGAGGGAUCUGGGUUUCAUGCGCCGCGCCGACGGCGGCUACCAGCCCGAGGAUGAGGUCUGCUCCAAGGGUGGAAACACUUGCGCUGAAGCCUGCGGUUCGGGCUACCAACAGUGCAAGUCCACCGACCAAGCCGUCCACUGCUACAACCCCGCCGCUGGCGAGACGUGCUGCUCCACCAACACCGGAAACUCCUGCUUGUCCGCCUUCUACUGCACGCACGACCCCAAGACGGAGACCUUCUGCUGCCCUAACGGCAUGAACCUCGCCGACUGCGCCAUCAAGCACGGCGUCACCGGCGCCCUCACCUCCGAUGUUCCCGUUCCCACGACCACCUCAACCUCCCAGGCACCCACCAGCAGCUCCAUUGCGCCCACCACCACCUCCACCACCAGCUCCGUUGUUUUGACCACGUCCUCAACAGUGGUUCCAACCACCAGCGUCAUCACCACUUCGAGCUUCGUUCCCAGCGUCGGCACCAGCAGUGUCUUCGCUGCCGCCAACAGCACAUUCACCUCGUCAACCCGCACCGGCGUAAGCACAAGAGUCAACACCGCGCCGACGACGGUCAGCACACCUGCCGCCCCCGAUCAGAACGCUGGUAGCAGCAACGCGCCGGCCGGCAUGGUCGUGCUCCUCGGCGCCGCCUUGGCUGCUGCUCUGCUCUAG